AUGGGUCAGACCUUAUCGGAACCCGUGGUUGAGAAGGUGUCUUCCGAGGGCGAAGAUGACUGCUGCUUGUACGGUGUCUCUGCCAUGCAAGGAUGGCGAAUUAGCAUGGAAGAUGCCCACGCCGCCGUCCUCGAUCUUCAAGCGAAGUACUCCAACAAGGAUGGCAAACCGACAGAUCCGGCCGAACGUCUAGCCUUCUUUGGUGUUUACGAUGGUCACGGUGGUGAUAAGGUUGCGCUGUUUGCUGGAGAACACCUCCACCGAAUUGUGGCGAAGCAGGAUGCUUUUGCCAAGGGAGAUAUUGAGCAGGCUAUGAAGGAUGGUUUCCUGGCUACUGACCGGGCCAUUUUGGAAGAUCCUAGAUAUGAAGAAGAAGUGUCUGGCUGCACUGCUUCAACUAGCAUUAUCUCAAAGCACAAGAUCUGGGUGGCCAAUGCUGGUGAUUCCCGCUCAGUUCUGGGUGUGAAGGGCCGUGCUAAGCCACUCUCAUAUGAUCACAAGCCCCAGAACGAAGGCGAGAAGGCCCGUAUUACUGCAGCCGGUGGUUUCGUCGACUUUGGCCGAGUUAACGGCAACUUGGCCCUAUCCCGUGCCAUUGGAGAUUUCGAGUUUAAGAAGAGUGCCGAGUUGUCUCCUGAGCAGCAGAUCGUGACCGCGUACCCCGAUGUGACCAUGCAUGAAGUGACUGAGGAUGAUGAAUUCCUCGUUAUUGCCUGUGACGGUAUCUGGGACUGCCAGUCCUCUCAGGCCGUGGUCGAGUUUGUGCGACGAGGAAUUGCUGCCAAGCAGGACCUAUACCGGAUUUGCGAGAACAUGAUGGAUAACUGUCUGGCUUCCAAUAGCGAGACCGGUGGUGUUGGAUGUGAUAACAUGACUAUGACUAUCAUCGGAUUGCUGAAUGGCAAGACCAAGGAGGAAUGGUACAACCAAAUUGCAGAGCGGGUUGCGAGCGGAGACGGCCCUUGUGCUCCGCCCGAGUACGAGUUGCGCACAGCCGAAUUCCGAGGCCCCGGGAUCCGGAACCAGUUUGAGGAUCAGCUCGAUGACUAUGACUUGGAGAUGGAUCGUUCGCGGGCUUUCAAUGAACGUGCGGGUCGGAUCAUUCUGUUGGGAGAUGGCACCGAGGUCAUUCCGGAUCAUAAUGAGGAGGAGUUGUUCGACCAGACAGAAGAUCAGGAUCUGGUUAACCAGGUGCACCCAACUGAUUCAAUUCGGAAUGAUCGUGAAGCCACCCCUGGACCUCAAAGCAAGAACGAUGCCUCUCAAAUAUCCGAGUCCCCGGCUUCCACUGACGACAAGGACAAGUCGACGUAG